AGAUCCAGCACCUAUAUAUUUUUCUAUAUAUGCUGAGUUUGGGAGAACAGUGCAAGAGACAAAAUAUCGGAACAACCUAUUCUUCUUUGAGCGCACACAUUCAUAUUACUGAAAAAAAUAAAAUAAGAUAUAAAAGAACUGCAAAUACGGAGGAAGAAACCGGAAGGAUGGAGGAAUCACUAGCAAACGCGGAAUCUAUUGGAAAUUAUAUCAUUGGAAUUUUAGACAAAGAAAGUCAAGAAGAAAAUGUAAGAAUGGAGGUCACAAGCGUGGCAAUGGUAAUAAUAUCUACAGGCUGGGAUAUUAACAAUGUUAAAGGAUGUGAAAUUUGACAAGAUGAACAAACAGUAAUACUUACAAACAUGCAGGCACAAAAAAUAUGUGUAUGUUCUGUCAUAAAAUGCAAGCAAAGAUUGUCCGAUAUUUGGAAUUAAUUCAUUCUGAGGAAGAUGAUGUUCGAAAGUUCAAAUAUUUACCUAAGGUUGUAGGGAAAGAAGAAAGAUCAUCGAUACUAUAAGAAAAAAAGGAAAUUUCGAAUUCAACAUUAAAAAGCAAAUACGAAGGGCAAAGUUUUAUUCCAUGUAGACGAGCAAGAGAAAAUAAACCUAAGAUUCUUAAAAAUUAUCUAGCAUGUGGAAAUUGCAAGGGUUUUUAUUUAAAAUCGACACUGAGACAUCAUUUCAGAAGAUGUACGGAUCGGUCAGGACAUAACAUUCGCGUCGUUAAAGUAAUGGGUAGAAGAUUAGAAAGCAAAUGUCUCAAAGAAGUGAGAGAGUACGGCGAUUAGAAAUGAUGAUCUAACUCGCAUUCAUUACGAUAGUUUAUUAAUAAUAUUUGCGAAUUCCCUGAGUAAAAAAUAUAGACACUCAUCGCAUCAUUUACCAAUGAUUCAAGCUCGAUUGCGGCUUGUAAGUCGCCUACUGACAGAGAAAUUU